CUGCAUCGCAUUAGCACAGCGACGGGAUCCUCAAGGGCUGGAACGACGAUGAGAGCUCCAGUCAACAGUCAACACCAGUACAGUGCACAGUACAGAGCCCAUCCGAGAAGGCAGCCUCGCUACGUUAGUUCUCAAUCAUAGUGUGCUAUCCUCGAGUCUGAUACCAAGCUCCUACUCUAGCUUUGAAUCGUACCAUCGACCAUGGCCGUGGGUUUUGCUGGUAGCGGCGGUGGCGAGGACCAGCAGCGGUAUGGCGGGAGGGUCACAGCGUUCGCGGCGCUCUCCUGCAUCACGGCGGCCAUGGGCGGCGCCAUCUUCGGCUACGACAUCGGCACCGCGGGCGGGGUGUCGUCCAUGGAACCGUUCCUGAGGGACUUCUUCCCGGACGUGCACCGGCGGAUGCAGGCCGGCGCCGGCGUCGGCAACUACUGCAAGUUUGACAGCCAGCUCCUCACGCUCUUCACCUCCUCGCUCUACGUCUCGGGGCUCCUCACGGCCGUGCUCGUCGCGUCGUGGUUCACGGAGAGGCACGGGCGCCGGCCGUCCAUGAUCCUCGGCGGCGUCGCGUACCUCGGCGGCGCCGCGGUCAGCGGAGGGGCAGUGAACGUGUACAUGGCCAUCCUCGGCAGGGCGCUGCUCGGCGUCGGCCUCGGGUUCGCCAAUCAGGCAGUGCCACUGUACCUGUCCGAGAUGGCGCCGGCGCGAUACAGGGGAGCCUUCAGCAACGGUUUCCAAUUCAGCCUCUGUCUCGGCGCUCUCGCCGCCACCGUCGUCAACUAUGGCGCCGAGAAGAUCAAGGCUGGCUGGGGCUGGAGGCUCUCGCUGGGCCUGGCCGGCGUCCCCGCUGUGCUGCUCACCGUCGGCGCCAUCUUCUUGCCGGAGACGCCCAACAGCCUCGUUCAGCAAGGGAAAGGCCGUGGCGAGGUGAAGGCGCUGCUCCAAAAGAUAAGAGGCGUCGACGCCGUCGACGAGGAGCUGGACGACAUCGUCGCCGCCAACGCAACGGGACAGGCCGGCGACAACGGCCUGCGCCUCAUCCUGUCGCAGCGCCGGUACCGCCCGCAGCUUGCCAUGGCCGUCCUGAUACCGUCCUUCACGCAGCUCACCGGGAUCAACGCUAUCGGCUUCUACGCGCCGGUGCUGCUGCGCACCAUUGGCAUGAGCGAGAGUGCGGCACUGCUGUCCACCAUCGUCAUGGUCAUCAUCUCCUCCGCGUCCACCUUCGCGUCCAUGCUCCUCGUCGACCGCUUCGGGAGGCGGACGCUCCUCGUCCUCGGCGGCGUCCAGAUGUUCCUCUCCGAGGUGCUCAUCGGCGGCAUCAUGGCCGCGAAGCUCCGCGACGAGGGCCAGGUCAGCAGGGCCUACGCCGUCGUCCUAAUCUUCCUCAUCGCCAUCUACUCCACCGGCUUCGGCUGGUCCUGGGGCCCGCUCAGCUGGCUGAUACCGAGUGAGAUCUUCCCGCUGGAGGUCCGGUCCGCCGGGCAGAGCAUCACGGUGGCGUCGGGAUUCGUGUUCACCAUCCUCGUCGCGCAGUACUUCCUGGCCAUGCUGUGCCGGCUGAAGGCGUGGCUGUUCUUCUUCUUCGCUGGCUGGAUCCUGGUCAUGACGGCGUUCGCGUACCUCUUCUUGCCGGAGACCAAGGGGAUCCCCAUUGAGCAGAUUGGGAACCUAUGGGGGAGGCACUGGUACUGGAAGAGAGUUGUGGGGGUUGAGGAAGUAGACGACGGUCAGAAGCUCUAAAGCUUCUUCCACUUUCUUUCAGAGAAGAGAAAGAAAAGGGUGAAGCCUUAUUCGAUUCAGAGGGUUUCAAAGUGGAUCGAAAAGGGUGGAGCCUGAUUACAAGAUGGCAAACCCGUUGCAUACUUUUAUGAAAAAUUGAGUGGGCCUAGUCUGAACUAUUCUAUUUAUGAUAAAGAAUUAUAUGCUCUUGUU